AUGGUAUUAGUACUCUCAGCAAGGCUUGAUUGGGAGAUUGAUUCAAUUGAUGUUAAACAAGCAUACCUGAAUGCCAACCUGGAACAUGAUAUCUAUUUGAAACCCCCAGAAGGCACAACCAUACCACAUGGAAAGGUUUAUAAGUUAGUGAAGAGCCUCUAUGGUCUCAAACAGUCUGGGUGGGAAUGGUAUAAGGAAAUGGACUCACACCUGCACCACCUAGGGUUCUUCUCAGUACAAGGUACCCCAUGUGUAUACUCCAAAGGGGCUGGUGAUGAGCAGGUGAUCAUCAUAGUAUAUGUUGAUGACAUGCUCAUUACUGCCCCUCACAGAUAUCAGAUUGACAUGGUGAAACAAUCAAUCAUCGACAAAUGGAAAAUAGAAAACACCAGGCCAGUGAAGGAGUUCCUCAAGAUAAAGAUCACACAUGAUUGA